CCGGGCCCCUCACCGGGGCUGCGCUCUAGCCGCGCUCUUCCGCUUCUCUACUGCUCCCCGUGGCCGGCGUCGGGGCCGGAGCGCGAAGCCGGUCGGGGCGGGCCUUCCGGGGGCGGGCCUUCGGGGCCGCGGCGCGGGGGUGAGGAAGGUCGGGUGCAGAUACUCUUGCUCCUUGCUGCCCAAGAAAUGUCUUCGCUUUCAGAAUAUGCCUUGCGCAUGACUCGGCUGAGUGCCCGGCUGUUUGGAGAAGUUGCCAGGCCCACUGACUCCAAGUCUAUGAAAGUGGUGAAACUGUUCAGUGAGCAGCCGCUGGCCAAGAGGAAGGAGACUUACGACUGGUAUCCCAAUCACAACACGUACUUUGCGCUCAUGGGGAUCCUCCGUUUUCAUGGCCUCUACAGAGAUGAGCACCAAGAUUUUAAGGAGGAGCAAGUACGUCUGAAGAAGCUGCGUGGGAAGGGGAAACCCAAGAAAGGAGAAGGGAAGAGAGCCACGAAGAAGAAGUAGUGCUGGCCUUGGAGAGAGAGCUGCUCAGGACGGAGAGGAAAGCGUGUGUCUGCGCGGAUGCCUCGUUCCCCUCGGAGCGUAGCUGGAGGAACACGCUCACCAUGCCCACGUCUGACCCAGGGAAGCACUCUGAUUCUGCAGAAUUACUCGGUGCUGGCUUUAUAAUCUCAUGUUCACCUAACUGAUGAAAUGGAUAUAAAAAUUGCUGUCUGAUGACUUGUUUGGGGCGGGAGUAGAGGGAAGCCUCCUUGAGUGUCAGAGUUUCCUCCUCACUCUUCCUGCCUCCCCACUGACUUAACCCUGACUUCUUUCCUCUCUGCCAUUCAGCCACUGUCUCCACCUCCAAGCCCACAAACUCUGCCUCUCCACCUGCUCCUCUGAGAAUACCUAAUAAGAAAUGGGUGGAUUAAAAAACCAGCUGAAAGAGUAUUGAAUACCUGUUUACUGUGCAGAAGGUAUUAGGCCCUACUAGUGCAGUGGUUAACAAGAGAAGCAAGCCUUAUCUCAUAGAACUUUCAAUCCUAUGGAAGAGACUACUACUUAAUUAUUACUACUAUUACUUAAAAUUGUAUUAAAUGCUACAAAAGAAAAAGCCAGACUCGGGGGCCAGCGCCUGCCAUGCCAGCAUCCCAUGUGGGUGCUGGUUCAAAUCCUGGUUGCUCCACUGCCGAUCCAGCUCUCUGCUAUGGCCUGGGAAGGCAGUGGAGGAUGGCCCAGGUCCUUGGGCCCCUGGACCCGCAUGGGGGAACGGUGGGGGAAGCUCCUGGCUUCUGGCUUUGGAUUGGUGCAGCUCCCGUUUCAGCCAUUUGGGGAAUGGGCAAGCAGAUGGAAGACCUCUCCCUCCCCCUCCUCCUCUCUCUCCCCCCUCCUCUCUCUCCUCCUCUUCCUUUCUCUUUGUAAUUCUGACUUUCAAAUAAAUAAAUCUUUAAAAAAAAAUAAGAAAAAGCCAGACUUCUUUGAAAGUAUGAAUUAAUGGCUAGAUGGAUCCAAAGAGAGCCAAAGCCCAAAACUCAUUUGAGCUUAAGGACAGCCUCACUGAAGAAAUGUUUAGGGGGUGGCACUGUGGCGUAGUGGGCUAAGCCGCACCAGCAUCCCAUGUGAAUGCUGGUUCAAGUCCCAGCUGCUCUACUUCCGAUGCAGCGCCCUGCUAAUUCUCCUGGGAAAGAAGCAGAAGAUGCCCAAGUCCUUGGGCCCCUGCACCCAUGUGGGAGACCGGAGACCAGACAAAGCUCGUGGCUCCUGGCUUCAGCCUGGCCCAGCCCUGGCCAUUGUGGCCAGUUGGGGAGUGAACCAGAAGAUAGAAGAUCUCUGCCUUGCCCUCUUUCUAACUCUUUCAAAUAAGUAAAUCUUUUUUAAAAAAGACCUUUAGGCUGAGCCUCAAAGGCUAAAUUAGAGCCAGAUGAGUGUCAAUUGGUCUAGUUAAGACACUAGUGUCAGUUUUGUGGCACAACAAGUUAAGCCAUCACCUGUGAUGCCAGCAUCCCAUAUUAGCACAGGUUCAAGUCCCAGCUGCUCCACUUCUGACCCAGCUCCCUGCUAAUGUGCCUAGGAAAACAGCAGAAGGAGGCAUGAGUGCUUGGAGCCCUGCACCCACGUGGGAGGCCCAGAUGGGAGUUUCUGGCUCCUGUCAUCAGCCUGACCCAGGCCUGGCCAUUGUGGCCAUCCAAUAGAUGGAAGAUCUCUGCCUCUCUAACUCUGCCUUUGAAAUAAAUUAAUCUUAAAAAAAAAAUACAUGGAAACACCAUGUCUCAGUACCUGUGUCUGCUCCCUGGCUCUGGCUCAGCCCCCACCCUGGGAAGCAGUGGUGGCAGCACAAGUGAUUGGGUCCCUGUCGGCUGUGUGGAGGAGCUGGCUCAGGGCACUGGGGGAGUGAACUAGCAGAUAGGAGUCUCU